CCGCGGAAACCAGCAUGGCCUUCCGCAGCGGAGGAAGCUGGGGUCAGCUCCCAUCACAGAGUGCAGCCCCGACGGUGAGGGCUGAGCCGGCCUUUGAGCCCUGGGUGACCGUCCUGCAGCCGCUCGCCUGGGCCGCCCCACCUCCGCCCCCGCAGCCGGGCGGAGUGAAGGAAGACCUGCUGGAACUGAUGUUGCUGCAGAACGCGCAGAUGCACCAGCUGCUGCUGAGUCGCCUGGUGGCAGCAGCGCUCCACCCAGGGCCGGCUCCGCCCCACCCCCACCCGCAGGUCUACCUGGAGGGUCAACAAGAGGAAUAUGAGGAGGAGGAGGAGAAGGAAGUCCAGGAGGAAGGGCCUGUGGUGUUCCACCACCACUACCUCCCCUGCCCGAUGCCCAGUCUGGGUCCCCUGCUACCCUGGCCAGUCCCUUUUCUUUCCCCGCCCCCACAUCAGCCUUACUUGCAGGACACGUCCAGGAUUCAGCACCACCCUCCUGCCUCUGGGAGAAGGGGGUCGAGAGCCAUCCCCCCGCCCCCACCCCCCAGUGCCACAGGGACUGUGGGUGCGGAUGUACCCCCGGCUUCAGUGAGGCAGGAAGGGAGCCAAGGCGAAGGUGCUGUUCUCUCCCCAGACUACUAUGAUGCUGAGAGCCUACCAUGAGGACAGAUGCCAGCCCUGGGACCCUGCCAGCUUCACCGCAGGGCUGGAAAGAGCCCUGGAGCCCUUACGUGCCCCUCUAGUGCCUGUGACUCUGCACCCAUGCCCAGCAGCCCUUCUCCUCCCUCAGCUGCAGCCAGGCUCUCUCCUGGGUGAAUCAAUACACUCUUCACCCCAUUGAGA